AUGAACCACCAACCACCAACCAUGACCACCCCCACCCUCGCCAAAGCAACCUACGUCCUGCACAAGCCCCUCGACAACGGGCUCUUCCUCGCGCGCCGAACAACAGACGGCGAGCUCCUCCUCGCCCGACCCCUCCACAACACCACCACCACCACCACCACCACCACCAACAGCGAGCAUAUACAAACCAUGUCCCUACUAGCCAGCGGCGCGGCCGUGCCCGCGGCCAACCUGCUCAACCACGAGAACAUUGUCUCGAUCCACGACGAGCUGGUCGACGUGCCGCUGCACCUGCGCGGGAACCAAAACGACGGCUCCGUCGACGCGAGCGACCCGCUCGGCGACGGCACCGCGCGCCGCAUGUUCCUGUGGGACUACCCCGACGCGGGCACGCUGCGCGACGUGCUGGAUGAUUUUGCGCCGCUGCCGUUGCAGCAUGCUGGCGGUGGUGGUGGUGGUGGUGAUGGUGGUGGGGGGCUGCCGAGUUUUGAUCCGGUUGAGGUGGGUGGGUUCCUGCCCGAGUCGUUUGUCUGGCAUGUUGGGCUGGGGCUGUUGCGGGCGCUGCAGUGGCUGCAUGAGGGGGUGAGGGAUACGUAUUUGGCUGUUCCUGCUGCUGGUCGGUUCAAGGGGUUUAGGAGGCUGAGGGGGAAGACGGAUGCUGAGUUGGAUUGGAUGCCGGUGCUGCAUCGCAAUCUGAAGGCGGAGAAUGUGUUUCUGCAGCAUCCUAAGGGGUUUGAGACGUAUGGGGCGGUGAAGCUGGGAAGCUUUGAGAAGUGCCACAUCUCGGGGAGCGUGGCCAAGCUGAAGGGGGUGCCGGUGGUGGCGAUGGAGACGGAGGAUGGAGUGCCGUUGGGAACGCUGAGGGAGAGGACAGGCAGGUGGAAAAGGGAUGGGUUGGAUGUCCCGAGGUCCCAACGACCCUAUACCCGAGGGAGCGAAUUGUUUGCAGUCGGGGCGCUCCUUUACCGCAUGAUGUGCAGCCGGGAGCUGUCACCAGCCGAGGACUGCCCGAACUGCGGCUGCAUUCACAUCACCAGCAACGAUGCGGCCGAGUACACUCCCUGUCCGCAUGAAUGUGUCGGGGAUGUCAACAUUGAUACCGUCUUCGACCCCUUGUUCAACUACACGGCAGGCCUCAAAAGAUUCGUCAGCUUGUUACUACGGCUAAACCGCAACGACGACUGGUCGGCUAGCGAUGUCCUGAAUACUGCGUGGCCCGGGUAUGAGAAUUGGGCGGAAAACAGUGAAGAUGGGCAGCUGUAUCGGGACAUUUUCGAUGACAUUUGGUUGCGCAAGCAUAACCAGUCGAGGUACAAGAAGCGGCGUCGAGUGGAGGAUGAAGAGGAGGAGGUGGAAGAAGAUGCUAUGGAGCUGGACGAUAAUGUUUUGGUUGUAUACCCAGCUUCACUGCCCAAGCACACUACCGCCACCAUGUCGCGAAUACUACCACCGCCUCCCCCGCUGCUUCUCACCAAGCGGGUCACAUCCUUCCUACGAGCCAACCUCUCGCCACACAUCCACUCGGCCAUGCUGACUACUCCGGCCGGCAGUCUGCUUGCCCAUGCCAGUAAUCUCCCGGCCAGCGCCCUCCGUCGCCAGGCUGCCGUAGCCGCAUCACUCUGGGCGCUUCAGGGCCCGUCUCACACAGGCCAAUCGUCCGAACAAGCGACCUCGUCGAUUGUGCCCGGCAGCACCGUCCGAACCCGGAAGGGGGGCAAGCACUCCCCACCGACCGUCACGGUACAGCUCGAUAGCGGCGCCCUAUUCGUCAUCCGCCGCCUGCGUUGCGGGAUGCUCUUCAUCUGCAUGGGCGGCGCCGAAAGCGCCGCGUCCGGCCGACUCACCCCGACCCCUCCCGCUCCGCACAGCACCUGCCUGAGCCGCAGCCCAGCCCCAAUAUCGCCGACGACAGAACCGCCGCCACAAAACCAACCGCCCCCCGACGGGACGGCCACCUCCUCCCAAGCCGCCGACCCAUCAUCCACCACCACACCACGCCCUUCAACCCCCCCACCACCAUCUCCCGCCGCGCCCCCGCCGAUAAUAACCAGCCCGCCUCCCCCAUCCACCACAACCACAAACAACACCACCACCACAGGCAACAACAACACCACAACCACAACCACCACAACCAAGACCCCACCAGGCAACGGGACACCAAUCCCGGGCUCGCCCUCACAAGCGUCCAUCAUCUCGACGCAGACGGCACACACGACAGGCGGCGCGUCGACCGCUAGUACGGCAACGGUGUCGGCCGGCGGGGCCAGCGCGUCGGUGAUGCGGCGGCACGUGGAGGAGCUCGCGCGCUGGCUGGACGAGAGGCUGGGCGGGCUGUGCGUGCCGGAGGAGGGGAUUGGGAUGGGGGUGGGUGUGGGAGUGGGUGUUGUGGGGGGUGGGGGCGGGGGCGGGUUGGAGGUGAGGUAG